UUUGCAGUAGAUAAUGGCUACUACCUUCAUGGUACGAAGUUUGUACAUGACACAUCUUAACCGUUUUUCAGGCUACUUCAGGGUAACUUUAUUCUCUUUCCUCUACUGAGCCGUCCCUUUCCCUCGCACCCGCGAAGCCCAGGACUGCCUGCGUAAGCUCACGUCAUCCUUCUUCAGGCGGUCUGCUCUCCUGCCAAGAUGGCCAUGUUGUCGCGCUGACGUCACGCGCCGUGGUCGAUGUGUGACGUCACGCACUGCGCCAGCGCUCCCCCGUGUAUCCUCCUGUCAGAGCGUUGCUGCAGGUCCGCGCCCAUUAUUCGGCCCAGUCUGGGUUCUGUUGAUGCUGCAGGCUAGCAGCAGCGAGAAUCCAAGGCGAGGCCUGAGAGGACCCUUAUUUCUCUGACGGAAGCCGCCUUGGUUUUUUUGAGCAACGCUGAGUAGCGGAAGCCCCGCCUCCGAGCGCGCGCCUCGGUCUCCUAGGCAACGACGCUCCGCGCGGUCGCGCGUGCGCGCUGAAGGUCCCUGCGCCCCGGCGGACCGGCCCGACUCGGCGUCCCCGGCGAGGAUGGCGCGCGUGUGUCCCGGGGACGAGGCGCGGCUGCAGGCGAUGCUCAGGCAGCUGUUCCGGAGCGUGAAGGAGCGGAUCACGGGCGCGCCGUCCCUGGAGUGCGCCGAGGAGGUGCUGCUGCGCCUGGAGGAGACGGACGACAACUUCCACAACUAUGAAUUUGUGAAAUACCUGAGACAGCACAUAAGCAGCGCCCUGGGGUCGAUGAUUGAAGAAGAGAUGGAAAAGUGCGCGUCUGACCACCGUCAGGGCGAGGAGCCGGGCUACGACUCGGUGGUGCAGCACGUUACUGAGAGGAUCCAGGACUCCCGAGAGUAUAAAGACAUGAUGCACUCCCUGAAGGGUGUCAUGACGGCCGCGGUGGAGGAUAUGAGCAACGGGUUUGAAGAAGAGGAGAUGCGAUGUCCAGACAGGCAGAGGAAGAUCCACAGGGAGAAAAGCAGCAGUUACUGCACAGACAAUUGCUCUGACAGCGACUCAUCCUUCAACCAGAGUUACAAGUUCUGUCCAGGAAAAUUACAGUUGAUUGUAGACCAGUUGGAUCCCCGGCAGCCUAAAGAGGUGAGAUACGAAGCCCUGCAGACCCUGUGCGCAGCUCCCCCCUCCGACGUCCUGAACUGCGAGAACUGGACCCUGCUCUGCGAGAGGCUGAUGGCGUCGCUGUCUGACCCCGACCCUGUGUUCAGUGACCGGAUUUUGAAGUUCUCUGCGCAGACGUUUACACUGCUGCCCCUGCACAUGACCAAGGAGAUUUACAUAGGCCUAGUGAAAUAUUUGGAACUAUACUUUCUUUCCAGAGAAAAUCAUAUUCCUGCUCUUUCAGCGGGUAUAGAUGUAACAAACCCUAAUGUGACCCGCUUACUUAAAAAGGUUCGUCUUCUAAGUGAGUAUCAGAGAGAGGCACCGUCUUUCUGGAUCCGGCACCCAGAGAAGUAUAUGGAAGAAAUUGUGGAGAGCACCUUGUCCUUGCUGUCACUUAAACAGGACCCGAGCCAUCUUGUCUCGCCAAAGCUUUUAGACCCGAUCUACUUCUUUGCAUUAGUUGAUCCUAAGGCUGUGUGGUUCAAAAAGUGGAUGCAUGCGUAUUACAGCAGAACGACAGUGCUAAAACUUCUUGAAAAGAGAUACAAGUCUCUGAUAACAGCCGCAGUGCAGCAGUGUGUUCAGUACCUGGAGUUGUGUGAGACCAUGAAAGCCGAUGAAAUCUUGGGACAUUCAAGGCAUUGUGGGGACAGGCAGAAAACGCUCUGCUACUCGGCACAAGAAGUGCAGUAUGUUUACUUCAUCCACUCGCUGUGCCUUUUAGGAAGACUGCUGAUCUACACACAGGGCAGAAAACUCUUUCCCGUAAAGCUGAAGAAUAGAAAAGACUUGGUGUCCCUGACGGAUCUGCUGGUUCUGUUUACUCAGCUCAUCUAUUACUCGCCAAGCUGUCCAGAGACGACACCAGACGUAUAUUCAGAGGACUGUUCCCCUGCAAGCACGGUGCUGGAGAUCCUGCAGACGCUCUGUGACCAGAAGGAAUGCGCCGUCGAGUGCUUACACAACAGCGCCGUGAUCGGCACGCUGCUGCAGCCAAUUCACAACGUAAUGAAGGGGGCCGAGGCUGCUCCAGAUUGCUCGGAAACAGCCUUCAUCCAUGCAGCUGACAUCCUGGCAAGAAUUGCUUCUGUGGAAGAAGGACUUGCUCUACUUCUCUACGGAGAAAAUACGAACUCUUCCGAAGAAGAAAGCCCGCCAGGUGCUCAUGUCAUCGCCCAGUUUACGAAGAGACUUCUGGACGAGGAGAUUUCUGUCUUUCCUGGAUCAGCACUGCAGCCUGCGGUGCAGGGUGCGUUCGUGUCUGUGUGCUGUCAGAUGUACGGCACCUGUGAGGGGCUGCAGGCGCUGCUUCCUUACAAUUUACACGAGUCUAUAGCACAGGCGUGGAGGAAGACACGUUUGCUAUCAGAGAGCGUCCCUGCGCCAAUGCCAGGCUCUCACGCUGCCUCCUCAGUGAGCCAGGGACACCGAAAUGCUGCUUCGUCUGUCCUCCUUGCAAGUGGGUCCCGGGAGGUGCGAGGAGCGCCGAAGACUGCAAGUACCAGGCAAACCGCCGCGGCCGGAAAGGGCCGAGAGCCGCACGGCCAUCCGUGUGGACAAGCUGCGACUGGCACGGCGAGUGCUAAGCAGAUGUCCAGUGUGGGGACAAAAGCUUCAAGCCAAAAUGUGUCCAGUACCAAAUUCGAUGAGUUUCAGAGCACUCAAGUACCAAGUAUGGCUUGCGAAGAGAAUUUGUUAGACGAUUUACUGAAUUUUGCUGCUACCCCCAAAGGAUUACUGCUUCUUCAGCGAACAGGUGUAAUCAAUGAAUGUGUGACAUUUAUGUCCAACCAAUACGCCAAAAAUUUACAGGUCAGCCGGCGGAGGAAGGCUGACCGUGGAGUGGUGCUUGCACAGGUGGCGUCCACGGCAGCAGGUGCAGCAGCUCUGCGAGACUCAGGGUUUGUCAGUGCACUUGUAGCUGGUCUGUGGUCCAGUCUGGAGUGUGGAGGAGACGAUGUGAGGGUGACCCACCCCAGGUCUACGCCGGUGGACCCUAUUGACCGAAGCUGUCAGAAGGCUUUUCUGGCGCUGGUGAGCUUGCUGUCUUCCCCUGCUGCCUACGAACUGCUGGGCCUCCGAGACCUUCCGAACAGGGCGGAGUACUCUCUCCGAGAAGUCCCCGCGGGUGUCACGGAUAUAAUUGAUCGACUUAUCAUUUUAAAUUCUGAAGCUAAGAUUCAUUCUUUAUUCAACUAUGAACAAUCACACAUCUUUGGACUAAGAUUACUCAGCGUGAUGUGCUGUGGCCUGGACACGCUUCUCCUCCUGGAGACGCAGUACCAGGUGUCCAGAGUGCUGCUGCGGGCUCAGGAGGACAAUGUCUCGGAGACCUCCGCAAGCCACGGGGGUUUCAUAAUUGACGGCUUAUCGGUAGAGAGGAACCACGUUCUUGUAAGAAUGAAUCUUAUCGGGGGGCCGUCGGAGCGGACUUUGCCUCCGAGGACGCUUGAGGAGGGUGAUAAUCCAUAUCCAUGGCCAAUGUUUUCGUCAUAUCCUUUGCCACACUGCUAUCUCUCCAAAGCGACAAGAAAUUCUGAUACAAAACAAGAUGGUGAUCUUGGCAGGCUGUCAUCAUGCUUCACAGUGUCUGAGAAACAAACUGAGUGGAUAGAGAACUGCCGAAGACAAUUUUGCAAAAUGAUGAAGGCCAAAUGCGAUAUAAUCAGCAGCGGGGCUUUAGGAGAAUUACUUGAAAAAUUCGUGCUUCAUCUCACUGAAAAUCCAUCUGAAUGUUACUUCCCCUCAGUGGAAUACACAGCUACUGAUGCAGACGUGAAGAAUGAAAGCCUUUCGUCUGUGCAGCAGCUUGGUGUGAGGAUGGCUGUCAGGUAUGGCAAGUUCCUCAACUUGUUAAAAGACGGUGCAGAGAAUGAUCUUGCCUUGGUUUUGAAACACUGUGAGAGAUUCCUGAAGCAGCAGCAAGCUCCUGUGAAAUCUUCUCUUCUCUGCCUGCAAGGGGCUUACGCUGGCCACGACUGGUUCGCGUCGUCCCUGUUCCUGCUGAUGUCGGGGGACAGAGAGAAGACGCUGCGGUUUCUCCAGCGCUUCUCCAGGCUGCUGGCGUCCGCCUUCCUCUGGCUGCCACGGCUGCAUGUCUCGAGGUACCUGCCGGUUGACACCGUGGAGUCGGGCAUCCACCCCACCUAUUUCUGCAGCGCUCACUGCACUGAAAUGCUGCUGAAGACCGAGGCGCCGCUUGUGUCCUCGGCGUUCCACAUGUCUGGGUUCGCACCGUCGCAGAUUUGCCUGCAAUGGAUCACUCAGUGUUUCUGGAAUUACUUAGAUUGGAUAGAAAUAUGCCAUUACAUUGCAACUUGCAUUUUCCUUGGUCCUGACUAUCAAGUAUAUAUCUGCGUAGCUAUAUUCAAGCAUCUGCAGCAAGAGAUUCUACACCAUACUCAAGCCCAAGAUCUGCAGGUGUUCCUAAAGGAGGAAGCACUGCGUGGGUUUCGAGUGAGUGACUACUUUGAAUACAUGGAGAUGUUGGAGCAGAACUACCGACCAGCACUGCUGAGGGAUAUGCGGAGCAUCAGAGUGCAGACCACAUAGGUCGCAGGAUGCAGCUUAAUUUAUGUCUUACUCAUUUUUAGAGGAAACCAAGGACUCGAUUAUUUUCUAUCUGCAUGUACAACAUAUGCUUUGUGAUAGACGUUAUAAGUCAGUACUGAGAGGUUUUGAAUAUGAUAACAUAUUCAAGUUGGCAUCAGCCUAAUUUGUGAAAGAAGUUCCUUUUGGUGAGUGCCUUGCUCUGGGACGUUUUACGGUCACACGUGGCUGACUUGUAGCUGCUGUUUAUGUUUAGGAGUUAGCGCCGGCCUACUGCUCCAUCGGCAUCUUUACCAGGUGAUGGAAAUAUUUGUUCCAAUGAGUGUGGGAAGUAGUAAUAGUAUAAAUAAAUGUUUUAUUGAAGAAUCUACGAGAUAAGGAAAAACAGUUGUUUCUCCAGUAUUUGUGUCUCUUUAUGUACAGGAAAACGGACAGCAGCACAUCUGCUUAUUUUACAUCUGGAAGAACAAAUAUUUUUCACAGCAUAUGAUAGAAGAACUACUAUUCCUAUACAUAAUUGUUUUUCUAGGAGAUGCUUUUGGUACCUGUAUCAACUUGUAAUUUUUAAUAAUUUUUUAUUUGAAAUGUCAUCUUUAUAUGGUUCAUGUAAAGGAUACAGUGGUUAUUUUAUACUGAUAAGCAUUGUACUUGUAUUUGUUGUACAUUUCUUUAGUUAUAGAUUUGAUGUAUGUUGAAUCUGAAAAUAUAAGGGGGAAUACAUUUCUAAAUUAUUUGGAAUGACUGACACUAUGUUUUAUUUAAAUAGAAGUCUGUGUGCCAGUGAGAGUAGUACUCUAUGUGGUGGUCUAUGUUUGUAACUGUCGAAUGUCCUCUGUAAAUGGAAGCGCGUGAAUAUAUUGAAUUAUCCUUAGUCAUCAACAUUUCAAAUUUUUUUACAUGGAAGAAGUCAUUCUGUAUUGUUUAUGUAUAACUGUAAUUUGCCCAUUAAAGCCAUUCUGAAACUAAA